AUGGUGAACGUGCCGAAAUCUAAGAAGACGUUCUGCAAGGGGUGCAAGAAGCACUCCGCGCACAAGGUGACGCAGUACAAGACGGGCAAGGCGAGCCUGUACGCGCAAGGGAAGCGUCGUUACGAUUCCAAACAAGCGGGGUACGGUGGCCAAACCAAGCCGGUGUUCCACAAGAAGGCGAAGACGACGAAGAAGAUUGUCUUGCGCUUGCAGUGCGGUACGUGCAAACAAGUCCACAUGCACCCGAUCAAGCGUUGCAAGAUGUUCGAAAUCGGCGGUGACAAGAAGAAGCACGUGACGACGAACUACUAG